AUGGUUUACCCUAGUUAUUUAGCAGACGCAGCCAUCGCCCGCUUAGAUGCGUCCCCAUUCAUCGGCGGAAGCUUGUACGAAGUAGAAUCAUCCAAUCAUGCUGGUUCCAGAAGAUCUCAUUCCCUUGGAUUUAUGAAUCCAAACCCUGCCAAUUCUGCUGAACCAAAUGAACAGAGGGAGAGGGCAAAAGGUUCACAGAGGGAGAGGGAAGAUGCUGCACAGAGGGAGAGGGCAGAAGUUGCACAGAGGGAGAGGGAACAAGCUGCACUUGCAGCACGUAAUGGUCGAGUGCUCCACCCAUCUCGAAAGAAUGGAGCCAAAUGGUUUGGAAUAGACAUUGAAGUGUCAACGAAAGUUAGAAAACCAUUGAAGGGUGUUUCAAAGACCAUGGUACAGCUGGAAAAGAGUGCCCCAAUUUUAUAA